AUGUCAAAUACCUCAUCUUACAUUAACGUAAAUUUAGUGCUUAUAGGCGACGUUGCUACUGGUAAAUCUAGUUUAGUGAUCAGAUAUAUCAAUGAUGAAUUCCAGGAGAAUAAGGAGCCAACUAUUGGUGCAGCUUUCUUAACAACGAAGUGUCGUUGUAAAGAUGCUGUGAUAAAGUUUGAAAUUUGGGACACUGCCGGUCUAGAAAGAUUUCAUUUACUUACUUCAAAGUAUUAUAGGAAUGCUCUGGCAGCUAUAGUUGUUUAUGAUGUAACGAAGGCUGUAAGUUGGAAUUUAAAAUUACAUUUAAAAUAUACUACAUUGUUAAAUGCUAAAUCCUGGGUAAAAGAAUUACACCAUAACGCAAGCCCAAACAUUAUUAUUGCUCUUGUAGGCAAUAAAAUAGAUCUCGUUCAAUCUUUAGAAAAGGAUAUAGAAACUGGCAGGCAAGUUCCAACCGAAGAGGCUAAGGCUUACGCACUCGAAGCUGGUCCAUCUGCAUAUGAGUGUAAACCAAUUUCGUCAAUAAUCAUUUUGUCGACAAAGUUUGGCCCAGUCUAG